AUGUCGACCUACAAGCGGGCGACGCUGGACGAUGAAGACCCCCUGGACUCCAUCAGCGAAGGCGAUGCGUACCCCAAUGGCUUCCAGGUGAACUUCCGCAGCUCAAGGAGCAGCCUGGGGUGCUGGGCUGAGCGGACGCGUGCUGAGAAGCAGCUCGUGGUGCUGGUGGGGGUGCUGGCGGCCGUGCUGGCGGCGUGUCUGCUGGGUCUCAUCUUCCAGUACAGAGCUCGGCCGCCCACCGUGUGCCUGUCAGAAGCCUGUAUCUCUGUCACCAGCUCCAUCCUCAGCUCGCUGGACCGGACGGUGAAUCCCUGCGAGGACUUUUUUGGCUACGCCUGCGGGGGCUGGAUCAAGGCCAACCCCCUCCCUGAUGGCCACUCACGCUGGGGGACCUUCAACAACCUCUGGGAGCACAACCAGGCCAUCAUGAAGCAUCUGCUGGAAAACACCACGGCCAACAUGUCGAGCGAGGCGGAGCGCAAGGCGCAGCGUUAUUACCAAGCCUGCAUGAACGAGAGCAAGAUCGAGGAGCUGCGCGCCACCCCGCUCGUGGAGCUCAUCCAAAAGCUGGGUGGCUGGAACAUCACAGGUCCCUGGGCAGGGGACAACUUCAACGCGACACUGCGGGAGGUGACGGCGCAUUACCGCACCUCGCCCUUCUUCUCCGUCUACGUCAGCGCCGACUCCAAAAACUCCAAUAGCAACGUCAUCCAGGUGGAUCAGUCGGGGUUAGGCCUGCCGUCGCGGGAUUACUACCUGAACAAGACGGAGAAUGAGAAAGUGCUUGCUGGGUACCUGAACUACAUGGUGCAGCUGGGGAUGUUCCUGGGAGGCACCGAUGAGGAGUCAACACGGCAGCAGAUGCAGCAGAUCUUGGACUUCGAGACAGCGUUGGCCAACAUCACCAUCCCACAGGAGAAGCACCGGGAUGAGGAGGUCAUCUACCAUAAAAUGACGGCUGGUGACCUAAAGGAGCUGGCGCCGGCCGUGGACUGGAUGCCCUUCCUCUCCACGGUUUUCUACCCUGUGGAGCUCAACGAGUCAGAGCCCGUCGUGGUCUACGCCAAGGAGUACCUGGAGCAGGUCUCGGACCUCAUCCUGGCCACGGAUAAAUGUCUCCUCAACAACUACAUGAUCUGGAACUUGGUGCGGAAAACCAGCCCCUUCCUUGACCAGCGCUUCCAGGAUGCGGAGGAAAAAUUCAUGGAAGUGAUGUAUGGGACGAAGAAGACCUGCCUCCCGCGCUGGAAAUUUUGCAUCAGCGACACAGACAACAACCUGGGCUUCGCCCUGGGGGCCAUGUUUGUCAAGGCCACCUUUGCCGAGGACAGCAAGCAGGUGGCAGAGGAAAUGAUUGCGGAGAUUAAGACAGCCUUCGAGGAAAGCCUGGAGACGCUGCAGUGGAUGGAUGAAGAGACAAGGAAAUCGGCCAAAGAGAAGGCAGAUGCCAUCUACAACAUGAUCGGCUACCCCAAGUUCAUCAUGGACCCCAAGGAGCUGGAUAAAGUCUUUAAUGACUAUGAGGCAGUGCCCGACCUCUACUUUGAGAACGUCAUGCAGUUUUACAACUUCUCGGCCAGGGUCACCGCUGACCAGCUCCGGAAACCACCAAACCGGGACCAGUGGAGCAUGACUCCUCCAACAGUCAACGCGUACUACUCUCCCACCAAGAACGAGAUAGUCUUCCCCGCCGGCAUCCUCCAGGCCCCUUUUUACACCCGUGCAUCUCCCAAGUCGCUGAAUUUUGGUGGGAUCGGCGUGGUGGUGGGCCACGAGUUGACGCAUGCCUUCGAUGACCAAGGCCGGGAAUAUGACAAGGAUGGCAACCUGCGUCCCUGGUGGAAGAACUCCUCGGUGGAGGCUUUCAAGCGUCAGACAGCGUGCAUGGUGGAGCAGUACGGCAACUACACCGUCAACGGCGAGGCUGUCAACGGCAAGCACACCCUCGGGGAGAACAUCGCUGACAACGGGGGCCUCAAGGCUGCCUACCGGGCAUAUCAAAACUGGCUGAAAAAGAAUGGCGAUGAGGAAACCCUGCCAACCCUUGGCCUCACCAACCACCAGCUCUUCUUCGUCGGCUUUGCGCAGGUGUGGUGCUCAGUUCGCACGCCGGAGAGCUCGCACGAGGGGCUCAUCACCGACCCCCACAGCCCCUCACGUUUCCGUGUCAUCGGCACGGUCUCCAACUCCCGGGAGUUUGCGGAGCAUUUUGGCUGCCCCCUCGGCUCCCCCAUGAAUCCCCCCAAGAAGUGCGAAGUCUGGUGACGGGUGAGCACCCGAGGGAACCAGCUGCCAGUUGCUUCGUCCUCUAUCAAUGGCUGAAUUUUUCCGGUCCUUUUGAGAGGCUCAAACCACUUCUCCGUGCACAGAACUGCCCAGCUGUCAGCCGGAGCGAUGCCCCUUGUCCCCGGUAUCGUCUGAGGUUCAAUCCACUGUGAAAACUCCUCAUCCCCUCGCUCGUUUGUGAAAUGACUUCGAUUUGGGGGUCUUUUCUUUCUCGCCAUGACGGGGCCACGUGUCGAGGCAUGUG